AGAGAAAUCAGUGGGGAAAUGCUGCCUCCUCUGGGGUGGAGCGGGGAGGAAGUUGAACAGCGCACAGCCACGGGGCAGGGGGUUUCUAGGAAAUAAACCACGAGAGGGGAGAGGGCUGGAGUUCACCCUCAGCAGGGCCGCCGGAGGUAAGGGUCUCUUGAGCACCCGUUUCCCCUCCAUUCAACUUUCAGCUCCAUCCCCCUUGCUUGCAAUGUAUCGUGAUGACAAAUGCUGCAGACCUGUCCCCUCUGCCCUAAGCUACUGGCCUACCCUCCUGGGGAAACCAGCGGAUUGAGUCCCUUUCCCCAUUUCCGGUCUCCUCUGCAAGAACAGCCCGUCAGAGCUGCUGCCCCUGGCAAGCAGAACCCUCCGCUUCCCCUCAUUCUUCCGAUGAAGUAGGCCAUAGCUCACCAAAGCUUAUGCUCAGAUAAAUUUGUUAGUCUCUAAGGAGCCACAAGUCCUCCUGUUCUUUUUGCGAAUACAGACUAACACGGCUGCUGCUCUGAAACACUUCCCCUCUGGCACCACAGGAGAUUUGAGGCAAGGAGCUGCUGGACACAUAUCAUUUCCACAAAAAGGGGAAGGAGAAAAAAAACCCAGCAGCUCAGAGUGGGCUCUGUUCCUUCCAUCCAUGAAGAUAUCUCUGAAGCCACACCUUUGAUACCAUGCACUGUUUCCUCUACUCAGCUCAUCUCCCAGGAUUAAUAGUUUAGCAAAAGAAAUCAAGGCAUCAAAAGCACUUAAACCUGUGCUGAACCUGAAGCACGUGCUUCAUUGCUUUCCUGAAUCAGGGCCAGUGCCUGCAAGAAAAGUUGGUCUGCAGGCAAGAGCCCGGCACUUCCCCUGUGGCUCAUAAAAAGCACGAGAAAUAUGGAGCAUUAUUCAGUCUGAAACAAAUGGUGGCAGAACAAUGGACCUCUCAGCAAACAGAUUCCUCAUGACGCCUCAUAAGACACUUGCUGACAAAAAGUAGUGCAUGCAAACUCCAAGGAAACUUGGCAAAGAUGAGCAAGUGCCCUCCCCUGAUGGCCGUGACCCCUCAAACUGUCUUCCUGAAGUGUCCCCUCUCUCUAAUCCCUAAAAGAGUCUCAGGAAUCACAAGACUGGGGUUCUAUUCUCUGUUUUCCCUCCCAGACUGUGUCUGUCUUGUCUAUUUAGAAUGUAUAUUUGGCCCCAGCACAAUGGGUCACUGAUCUCAGUAGGGGCCUUGAGGCACUACCAUAAUACAAGUACUAAAUAAUAAGGACCUCAAAAACAUUACUGGGACAAAUCCUGAAAGCUGGCACUGCUAUCGAAGCCGAACAGAACCGCAGAUGCUUAGCACUCACUGUAAAUGCAGUGAUGUCACAAACCUUUGACAUCACAGACACACACAGAUCCUUAGGAAGCACAGACAACAGCCGGCUUCUGUUCUUCCCUGAUGUCGGUGGUGAAAUCGAUUAACCUGGUGCUGCCUGAAGAUACGGUGUAUUUGGCAGGCUCCAGCAUAGAUGGCCAAGUGAUUCUGAGCCUUAACAAAUCUUUGAUCAAUCCCAUAGUGAAGGUAGAGCUCGUGGGAAGAGGCUAUUUGGAGUGGAAUGAAGAGAUUAAUGCUGACAAGGAUUACAGCAGAGACAUUGUCUGCAAUAACAAGGCUGACUACAUCAAUAAAACAAAGACAUUCAAAAUAGCGGAUAACUGGCUAGGUUCGGGCACCCACACCUUUGACUUCCAUUUCAACUUACCUGACAGACUUCCAUCGACAUUCACCAGCAACAUAGCCCGUGUCUCCUACUUCGUCAAAGCCUCCUGCGCCAGUCGAGAGCUCAUCUUAGCCAAGCAGAAGAAAUAUUUACUAGUGCAAGGGACCUCUGGCAUCCUUAAAGAUAAAAUACAAUCCCAGUACCCUUUGGUGGUGGAAGUCGACAAGCACAUAGCUUAUCAUUGCUGCUUCAAACACGGCCUCGUCAUCCUCCGGAUUUCCUUGGCGAAAAACACAUUCGCCCCCGGUGAACACAUCAUCUUCACAACAGAGAUUGACAACCAGACAGGAAGGUCCAUCAGGAAGGUGGUUUUUGCCUUGUACUCCAUCAUCCUCUACCUGGGCUACACCGUCAGGGCAGAACGGCGCUUCUUGGAAGAUCGAAACGAAGUGAUGAGGCUGGAGUCCAAGACCAAGGCAGCCUCCUUUGAGGUCACAAAGAUCACCAGCAUAUUCCCCCUGCCCAAGUUACUGUCUGUCAGCAGCAUGUCCAUAGCUAACGAUAUCAUGGAAGUCCGGUAUGAGCUGAUAGGGACUGUUUAUCUUCCCUGGUCCAUGACCACAGUUGUGGCCAAAGUGCCUAUCAUCAUAAGAACCACAGCUGUAGGCAUUCCUGAGGACUAG